UUUGGAGUUUGGACAAGAUUAAUUAACCAGCAAUUUGGAGUUUGGGCAAGAUUAAUUUUGUCCAACCACAGUAACACGGUAGUCGAAAUGCAACGCCAGUAUAAUUAACCACCUACAUUACAUUACACAUCAGUGGAAGUCGUCGCCUGCAAAGUGAAAUCACUCUCUCCGAUCUCCUCUCAUCGAAUCCAGCGAAUGGCCACAACCGUUGUAGGAGCAGCAUUUCUGCUGUUACUACUUCUCCCCUUCUCAAUCUCCCAACCGAUCUCCGAUUCUCACCGAUCCGCCGCUUCCGAUCUCUUCAACAAAAUCUCUCCAAGUUUGGAAGAUGCGUAUGAGGCACUGAGAGUUUUUGAGAUUCUCGCGAUAGAGAAGAAGCCUCCUGUUACCACUGACACUUGUCAUACAGUGUUGGAAAAUCUUGGAUCGUCUUCUUCCCCUCUUAAGGAUCUGUUCUAUGCCUUGAAAGUUAGUGGCAUAUUAAAAUGUGAUGUUGACGGUGCGGUUUUGAAGAAAAUUGCCUCAAGACUUAAAGCCACUGUCCAUGAUGCAAGUACUUUGCUUGACAUAUACUACUCAGUAGGAAGUUUGGUUCUUAUAAAGGAUCAGGAUUCUAAUGUUGAUGUUCUGCUUACUGAUGCUGAUGAGAUUUUCCGUUCGAUCAAGGCUCUAAGCCAAAGUGAUGGAAGAUGGCGCUACAGUUCUAAUAACCCAGAGUCUAGUACCUAUGCUGCUGGGUUAGCACUUGAAGCACUUGCUGGAGUGAUUUCACUUGCAUCUUCUGAGAUUGAUCAGAGCAAGCAGGUCAGCAUAGUGAAAAAUGAUAUAGCAAAGCUUUUCGACAGAAUUGAGAAAUAUGAUGAUGGAGCAUAUUAUUUUGAUGAGAAAUUUGUUAGCGGGUCAGAGCAUCAGGAUUCUCUUUCCACAACUUCUUCAGUUGUUCGGGGUGUUACUUCAUUUGCUGCAGUAACUUCUGGGAGAAUAAAUCUUCCAGGGGAUACAAUAUUGGGUUUAGCAAAAUUUUUCCUUGGCAUCGGAAUCCCAGGCGAUACCAAGGACUUCUUCAAUCAAGUUGAAUCAUUAUCGUUUUUAGAGAGCAACAGGAUUUCAAUUCCGUUGAUAUUGUCACUUCCUGAAACAGUUUAUUCAUUGACCAAGAAAGGCCAGCUUAAGGUCAAGGUCAAUACAGUGCUUGGUUCAGCUGCACCACCUCUGACAGUUAAGCUUAUCCGAGCUUUUAGCACUGGUGCAAAAGAUUCAGCUAUUAUUGACAGCAAGGAGCUUCAGUAUAACCAAAACGGUGGAUUUCAUUUCUUGGAUGCUUUCCCAAAAAAUGUUGAUGUGGGAACAUAUGUUUUUGUUUUUGAGAUUGUGCUACAUGAUUCUGACAGUGAAAAAAUUUAUGUUGCUGGUGGUCAAAUUCAUGUGCCAAUAUAUGUCACUGGAAUUAUUAAAGUUGGCAGUGCUGAAAUCGCAGUGCUGGACAGUGAUCUUGGAAAUGUUGAAACCCAUAAAACACUAGAUUUGGCUGGAAAUGAUGUCGUUUCACUCUCAGCUAACCACCUGCAGAAGUUGAGGCUCUCCUUCGAGUUGGAGUCUCCUCGCGGUCGUUUGUUUAAGCCUCAUCAGGCAUUUUUAAAGUUGACUCAUGAAACUAAGAUUGAACACAUCUUUUUGGUUGGAAAUACUGGCAAGAAGUUCGAGAACGUUUUUGAUUUUCUUGGCUUGGUGGAAAAACUUUUUUAUCUUUCUGGCAGAUAUGAGAUUGAGCUGACUGUUGGUGAUGCUGUCAUGGAGAACUCUUUCUCACGACUACUGGGCCAUGUUGAAUUAGAUCUUCCAGAAGCUCCUGAGAAAGCAGCACGUCCUCCUUCUCCACCUGUUGACCCUUACUCAAGAUAUGGGCCCAAAGCUGAGAUUAACCACAUAUUCAGGGUUCCUGAAAAGCGACCACACCAGAAACUUUCUCUUGUGUUUUUGGGCUUGAUCCUUUUGCCAUUCAUUGGCUUUUUGGUUGGGUUGUUACGUUUGGGGGUGAACCUGAAGAAUUUCCCUGGUUCAACGGUACCUGCUACAUUUGGCUUCCUUUUCCAUCUUGGUCUGGCUGCAGUUCUGUUGCUCUAUGUACUUUUCUGGUUGAAGCUGGACUUAUUUACAACACUCAAAACACUUGGUCUUUUGGGAGCUUUUACGAUGUUUGUUGGACACAGGAUUCUUUCUCAUCUUGCUUUAACAUCGUCCAAGUUGAAAUCUGCAUGAGUGAAACAAAUAGUGUCUAUUUAUAAAGAGAUAAGAGAAUUUAAGUUUUUCCUCUAGAGAAAUGGUACUAAUCCAAUUUUGUAGGACUUUUGUUGUAUUAUGUGCUUACAAUUUUAGAGAUCAUUAUGGGCUCAACCUGUUUGUUAGUUUUUUUAUUAAAUGAUUUUUAAAGUA